AUGUCUUCCAAACCGUCCGGCACUAUCGCAAUGCUGGCUGGAGGUAUUGCUGGGGCCUCGGAGACUGUUAUCACCUAUCCUGCAGAGUUCCUCAAAACACGGAGACAGCUUCCUGCCAGUAGCACCGGCAGACCUUCAUCUUCGAUUGCUAUAUUUCGUUCUGUGUUCAACUCGCAAGGUAUUCGGGGUAUCUAUGCAGGAUCUCCAGCACUGAUUGCCUCCAACACGGCCAAGGGAGGGGUACGAUUCUUCAGCUUCGAGAGCAGCAAGCAAGUCCUUGAGCGGACUAUUGGGUCAAACAAUGUCUUUGUCAACAUCCUAGCAGGUUUGUCUGGGGGCAUUGCCGAAUCAAUCCUGGUCGUGACUCCAGCCGAAGUUCUAAAGACCCAGUCCAUAGACAUGGCUGCUGCUGGGUCCAGGACAACGAGCACGCUUACCGUGGCCAGACAAGUUAUCAGGCUGCAUGGGCCUCUGGGCUUGUGGAGAGGCAUUACUCCCACUCUGUGCAAACAGGCAACAAACUCAGCAGUCAGGUUUGCCAGUUUUGGAGCGAUAAAGGAUUGGAUUUCCACGACAAGUCUGGCCAAAAGGCUGAAUAGCGCAGGCUUGACCUUACUUGCAGGCUCGCUGAGUGGUGCUGUAACGACUUACGCUUCAAUGCCUUUCGACAACAUCAAGACCAGAAUGCAAAGUACAGGGAGCACACAUCGGAGUAUGUUGGCAUGUGGAGUUUCCAUGCUUCAACAAGAAGGAAUCAAGGUGUUCUGGAGGGUAACGACCCCACGACUUGUCAGGUUGAUGCUUUCCAGUGGAAUUACAUUUGCAGUAUUCGACCAAAUUACCACCUUUUGUGCUUUAUCGAAUAAUGGACAACGUGAGACCUCAAGUCUUCUGUGA